AUGCAUCAAUUACUACCAAAGGGUACAGGGGCAAUGGACAGGAAUCUUCUAACCAGUCUACCUCAGAUCAGUAAAGAACUUAAGAGAGAUGACAGAUCUUUGAGAAACAGGGUGCAGAGUAUUCUGUUGGACAACGAAUUUCUAGAAACUCGAGUUCACACUGCGUUUCCAGAUUUUCCUCUGAUACCCAACGAAAGAUGUGGAUUAUGGUACUGUAACCCAUCUCAUUUCGCGCAAACAAGUUACUUCAAGAGCACGGAUGGACAUGCUAAUCAGUGGGAUUUCAGUACUCGAAGGUUGAAUUUUCAUCUGCUGCCGACGUUGCAAGAGGCUGGUGGUGUUGUCAUUGUUGAUUCAACCAGAAGGGGUAAGAAAAUUCCUGAUGCAUUGAGCAAAACUGUACCACUGUGGUGCGCUGUAUUGAACUCAUUGAUGUUAGAAAGCGUUGGCAAGAAGUUCAAUGUUAAUGAUGUGCUUUUUGUCCCUCCUGAAACAGUUCCGGAAUCCGAACGAGAUCAAAUGGCUAAGAAACUGCCGGAUCUAGUAGAGAAACUCAAAAUCUUGAAUGUAUUUGAUGGUACAAAGACUAGUAGAAUGUUAGAUGGAAAGUUAUUGAGACCUUUUUGGGUUUUUCCAGGUUCAUCAUUGCUACAAUCAUGCACCGACAUAUUUACUGGUGAACAAAUACAGAAUAAAUGGGAAGUGUCUCGGGACGAAAAUAUCGUCCCUAUAAUUCUGUGUACAGUAAGCUACCAAGCUCAGGAUGGUAUAGAUAAAAGAAACGGUUUUACCUAUGUCCAGGGUGCAGCUGAUGACCAUGAAUUGUGGUCACACGGGCUGGAGGCAAAUAUUUUCUGGUCUAACAUCGACAAAUUCAAGAACUUAAGUGGCGGUGACAGUGAGCUAUACGAAAUAGUAGAUAAGAUGGUGACGCAACAGAACAAUAAUAUGCAACGUUCAGCACAGGCUGGAUCUUUGGAUAAAAUAAUGACAGGUAUUGAUAAAGUAACUUCUCUUCUAUCUCUUGGCGAAAUUCACGAUAAUGUCACUCUUAGUUCAGAAGCAAUUGCAGACUUGGAAAAAUGCUACUCCACAGUUAUUGUAUUGAGUGAGACGGUGCAUCUCGACAAAGACGCUUCCCAAGACAAUGAAAUGGUGAAAAUAUUUCGUCUUACAAGUGGGUCCAAAAAGUCAUCGAAAAACCUGCGCGCUAUGCUACCCGAUAUCAGCAAGACUAUAAAUAAUGCCAUCAUUUUGCAACCUAUUAAACCAUUGUUGAUAUGCUGUAACACAGGGAAAGAUAUGUCAAUCGGUGUUCUGCUGGCCGUUCUUUGCCAAAAUUACGACGAAGUCUGGGAUCUUUUGCCCGAAGAUGUAAAACCAUCUGUUUCAAAAAUUGUAAUUAGAAGACAUCUUACAAAGUUAAUAGCCCACUUAAAUGGGCGAAAUGUAAACCCUUCAAGAGCAACUUUGAACAGCAUAAAUAGUUUUCUCAUGUAA